AGAAGCGGCUGUAGCUCCUACUGGUGAGGCUGAGCAGAGAGUCUGCUUUGUAGAAGCCCCCCAGCAGAUCUCAGUGUUCCCCCCACCCACACCCUCUCCCUGCCAGUGUCUCCCCCCCCUGCAGGUCAGGCUGAUACUUUGUAUCUGAGUGAGCCCAGGUUUCGGGGGGUUGGAUCAUGCAGAGGGACAAACAGAGCCAAAGAGAAACAAUUAGAAACUAAACCCAAAGCCGGCCAGGGUAAAGAGCAAUAGCGCAGACACACCGAGCAGCACGUCCUUUGUUGUUCCUGAAACAAAUCUCAGGUUGGGGUGGGGAGGAGGGAGCACAGAGGAGACGUCAUUUCUGGGAAGGAAAAAAACCAAAACUUCUUGUACCUAUUGAGCAACCGGUGCCUAUUGUGAGGCAGAGAGGGAGAUAGAGCUUCGCUCCGGCCUGUGUGUGCGAUCCUGCCAUGGCAAGCUCACUGCACGUGUGACUCCAUCCUUCACCCACGGCCCUAUUGUACUUUAAUCAUGCAAUCAAAUGACUACAGAGGGGGGUCACCUCUCUUUCUCCAACCUCAGAAUGGCAACAGCAACCACCGAUCCCCAGGCUAUGUCCCCGGAAGGAUUGUACCAUUACGCCCACCGCCGCCUCCAAAGAGCCAAGCAUCAGCCAAAUUUAAUUCUACAGGGCAAGAAGCCCGUACAACAUUUGGGUUUUCUUCAGAUGGUCAAGCACAUCAUGCACAGUUCAUGCGCAAGAGAAGACACAAAAACACACUCAUAUGCUGUACUGUCUCUAGCAUUGUAUUUUUUAUAAUCCUUGCAAUUGUAUUAGGAAUCUCAACGCAGUAUGCACCAGACGAAAACUGUCCAGAUCAAAAUUACUUUCUUCACAAUUGGAAUCCCGGGCAUGAUGCAACAAAAAGUGUAAUUAUUAAGAAGGGAGACCUCUAUCGUUUGCAAUCCGAUGCCACUCUGCAUUCUAUAACAAUCCAAGAUGGAGGUCAACUUGUGUUUGAGGACAAUGCAAAUGGUUCAAAAAAUAUUACUUUGAGGACUCAUUUCAUCCUGAUAAAGGAUGGUGGAGCGCUUCAUAUUGGAGCAGAAAAAUGUCGUUACAAAUCCAAAGCAAAUAUUAUAUUAUAUGGCAAAUCAGAUGAAGGUGACUACAUGCCAAUGUUUGGCAAAAAGUUUAUUGGUGUGGAAGCUGGUGGUACACUGGAAUUACAUGGCUCUCAGAAAUUAUCAUGGACUUUGUUAGCAAAAUCCCUGAAUUCUUCAGGCCUUAUGUCUGGAUCUUACAGUUUUCAAGGUUUAUUUAACAGAGGUCUCUAUGUAAGAGUUGUUGAUCAAGACACAGCACAAGUUUGGGACGUUGGGAAAUUUGACACGUAUGGAUAUCAGAAUGAAAGUAAGCGGUUCCAAGAUUUCCUGAAAGCUCUGAAGCCUGGACAGAUCGUUGCCAUUGCAGUUGCAGACUCUGCUGAAAAAAAUUUGCUGGAAGAAACACGAAUUACUAUUCAGAAUCUGCUUGGUAGUCAGAAGAUCAAAGAAUUGGGCUACAGACAUCCGUGGGCUUUUGUUGGAGUAAUUGGUGGUGGAAAUGAUUCUUAUAACGAAUCUUCUCGAACAUAUGAAAAUCAUAGCUCAGGGGGUAGAGCACUGGCAGUGAAAGAAUUCUUUACCCUUGAUGGUCAGAAGUUUGCUGUGAAAGCAUACAGCGAGUGGUAUGAAGGUAAAUCAAUCUGGGGAUUUGCUGUGGAGGCUGUGGAAGGUGUACUUCUGGAUCUCUCUGAAGACGUUAGCAGUUGGCAGCCCGGAGACCAGAUCGUUAUUUCAAGCACGGAUUACUCAAUGUAUCAAGCUGAGGAAUUUACUCUUCUACCUUGUCCCGAAUGCAGUAAAUAUCAGGUCAAAAUAAAAGAAAAACCUCUUUAUAUUCAUAUGGGAGACAUAGUAGAUGGUGUGGACAUGAGAGCUGAGGUCGGAGUCCUUACGAGAAACAUCUUAAUUCAAGGGGAGAUGGAGAAAGACUGCUAUGGAGAUAAUCAGUGUCAGUUUUUUAACUAUGACACUUUUGGAGGUCAUAUUAAGAUCUUGCGGAAUUUCACAUCUGUCCAUCUUUCUAAUGUUGAAUUAAAACAUAUGGGUCAGCAAGUGAUGGGCAGUUACCCUGUCCAUUUUCACCUCUGUGGAGAUGUAGAUGAAGUAGGUGGUUACAAUCCAGCAACUUAUGUUGAAGGAAUUUCAAUUCAUCACAGCUUUUCCCGUUGUGUAACUGUUCAUGCGACAAAUGGCUUGCUGAUUAAGGAUACGAUUGGAUAUGAUGCACUGGGGCAUUGUUUCUUUCUAGAAGAUGGCAUUGAGCAAAGAAACACGCUGUAUCACAAUCUUGGACUUGUUACCAAACCUGGCACUCUGUUACCCACUGACAGAAAUAACACCAUGUGUACAAAUAUCAGAGACAAAGUCUAUGGAAACUACAUCCCAAAUCCCGCCACUGACUGCAUGGCAGUUUCAACAUUUUGGAUAGCAAAUCCCAGGAACAACCUGAUAAACAACGCUGCGGGUGGCUCUCAGGACACUGGAAUAUGGUAUGUGUUUCACAAGAUGUCAACUGGAGAAUCGCAUGGGCUCUAUCAAGAUACCAAAUCUGAGCUAACACCACUGGGCAUUUUUUACAACAACAGAGCACAUUCUAAUUUCAAGGCUGGGCUGUUCAUUGACAAAGGUGUGAAAACUACAAAUGCAAGUGCUGAAGAUCCAAGAGAGUAUUUAUGCUUGAACAAUAAUGCAAGAUUUCGUCCUCAUGUGGAUGCUGAUCCUAAGAAGCCACGUGUAGCUGCCUUAAUUGACCGUCUAAUUUCCUUUAAAAAUAAUGAUCAUGGUGCUUGGGUGCGUGGAGGAGAUAUUAUUAUACAGAACUCUGGGUUUUCUGAUAAUGGAAUUGGAUUGACUUUUGCCAGUGAUGGAAGUUUCCCUAAAGAUGAAGGCUCCAGUCAGGAAGUGUCAGAAUCUCUGUUUAUUGGUGAAAGCAGAAAUUAUGGCUUUUUGGGAGGCCAAAACAAAUACUGGGGAACUGGAGGAGUGGAUAACAAAACACGCACUCUUCCUAGAAACAGAACAUUUCCAAUCAGAGGAUUUCAGAUUUACGAUGGACCAAUCCGUCUUACAAAAUGCACUUUUAGAAAUUUUAUGCCAACACCUGACCGGUUUACCAGUGCCAUUGGUUUUCUGAUGAAAAAUAACUGGCAACUAACCCCAAGGAACAAUAUAUCUUUCCUUAAAUUUGGAGCGAAUGUUUCCCUGAAAGCUUUCUUCGGUCAGCCAGGUCCAUGGUUUGAAGAUGGUGAUCUUGAUGGCGAUAAAAACUCAAUUUUCCAUGACGUGGAUGGUUCUGUAUCUGGCUAUAAUGAUACUUACAUUGCUAGGGUGGACAAUUACCUGAUUAGACACCCAGACUGCAUUAAUAUGACAGAAUGGAAUGGAGUGAUCUGCAGUGGCAGAUAUGCACAGAUUUACGUGCAAACAUGGAUCCCAUCAAAUCUUAUUAUGAGCAUUGUAAGAGAUGAAUACCACUCCAAGCCUUUUACUCUUAGAGGAAUUAAUCAAAAAGCCACUUACCAACAAUACCAACCUGUGGUGAUGCUACAGAAAGGAUACACCAUACAUUGGAAUGGGCAGGCUCCCCAAACCACUUUCUUUUACCUUGUAAACUUCGACAAAGGUGAUUGGAUCAGAGUUGGUCUCUGCUAUCCAACAAAUACUGUGUUUCAGGUAAGAUCACAGCUCGUUAAAAAUCAGACAUCCAACGUGGAAGAAUUCCAAGCAGUGUCCUCAAUACAAGAAUUGGAGAAAAACAGAUCAGCUGGAAGAUUCUUUUUUGACAACAGUACAGGAUUGUUAUUCCUCUUUCUGCAAGCAAAACAUCCCAGGGAUGGCCACAGUUAUUGCUCAUCUCAGGGUUGUGAAAGAGUACAGAUUUUAGCAACUGUGCAAUCCAACGCUACCAGCAACUGUAUGGCCAAAGCUUACCCAAAGUAUGCCAAAGCACCCACUGCGACAAUACCUAUGCCCAUGAAGACCACUGCACCUUGCAAGACUUGUGGAGCAUCUCAAACGGUGUUUACCAGUGAUCCUCAUGUUGUCUACCUCCCAGUUCAGAUACAGUCUCUUACCAAAGAAGAAAUCCAAGAAGGGUCUGUAGAAUCAUUUAUUUCUGUUAAUGGAACAAAGUUUGCAUUCCAAAAGGUUGGUUUAUUCCUCGUUGUCAUUGAUGCUUGCACUGGAACCGUGAAAGAAAACUUAUACUUUUCACAAGACGACCUUGAACAACUGGAAAAAUAUUUAAGAAACAAAGUUCCACAGAGGUCAAUUGUUUUAUUGGCUUCAAGAGGCUACAUCGCAAACUUUGGUAAUCUUCCAGAAGAAUUACGCAUUCUCGGAACUGCCAAAGCUGCCUAUCUUCAGAAUAAAGGGAGCAUUGCAUUCUCAGGAUUCAAGGGACGCUUUAAGCCAUCAUGGACCAAGUUGUUCACCAGUCCUGCUGGUAGUGGCCUAGGUCUUCUAGAACGAUAUAUUCCGCUACAGCUUGAAGACUAUGGGUGCAGCAGAGUGAGCACAAAUAAACGAAAAGACAUGGAUCUCCUAACAAAAGCUUUAAAGAUGUAUUAAUGUAGUUUAUGCUUUAAGUGCAGGAAAAAAAAAAAUGAAAAUGUGAACUAACUUAUUUAAUUUAUGGCAAUUAUACUGUUUUCCAGCGUGAGCCUUUUUACUGUUUAAUACAGCAAUGGGUGUGAAAUCUAAGCCCUAAAGCCAAUGCACCUUCUAGUUGUAUAUAAUCAUGUUUUGUAAACCAUAUACUGUUUUGUAAAGAUAGGUAAUGCAGAUGUUAUGGUUUUAUUGGGUGGUUUUGUUUUUGUAUGUGCUGUAAACUGUAUUUUUUUUUUUUUUAUACUUUUGUAUUACUGAUAAUGUAUGGUGGUGUGGUUUUUAUUUUCGUUUGUUUUUAUUGUUAUUAUUUUAUGGAUUGGACUGGAAGAGUUUUUAACAAGAGUGUUUUUAUCACACCGUGAUUUACUUGAAAGAUAUUGAAUAAUAAAAUCUUUCUACAAUUUUAAA